CUCUUCUUGGUGGGAGUCCGACUGGCACGACGAGAUGAAACUGUCCCGGCUGCUUCAGGUCAGCUUCAUGUUUGUGUGCUAAAAUGUUCACUUCAAUGCCGUAAAAGAUCACAUGAAGAUGCUGCAACUGCUGGAAGAUGGAGUCAACAUGUCACUGUGGCAUUGGCUGAUGUUGGUUGCGUUUGGCACCAAUCCUGGAAUAAAGGUCAAACUGACAGACAAAGGCGUUGAAUACGGCAGGCAAGUCGGAGUGGCUUCAAUCCAGCAGAAGCUCAACAGCAUCAGCAUGGUGGAUAUUUCCAGAAGUCGAUUUGUGCCGUUGAUUGGCAAAGUCCACUACAGCCUUUCAAAGAUGGAUGUAAAGAAUGUUGGAUUACCUUCGUCUGCUGCGGUUCUGUUGCCUGAGACGGGUGUCAGACUGUCUGUUAGGAACGCCUCCAUCACUGUGAAUGGAGACUGGAGAGUCAAGUGCCUCAGAAUAUUAAAGCACAGUGGAUCCUUUGGUUUGAGUGUGAGUGGAAUCACCAUCGGUACAAAUGUCACCGUCAGAAAAGAUGAAACUGGGCGACCUCAAGUCAGCAGUGUUGGCUGUGUGGCUACUAUUGGUAAAGUGACUAUCAAGUUCCAGGGUGGAUCCAGCUGGCUGGUCAAUCCUUUCAGUGGUGUCAUCAGUAAGUACUUACGUAAUUGGCUGCAGAAACAGAUCUGCCCCCUGGUGGCUGAUGCAGUGACUGACUUGAAUUCUGCGUUGAAAGCUGUCGAGAUCUUACCAAAGGUGGACAAGUACGCAGGGAUCGAUGGUUCCAUGGUCGCUGCACCCACAGUGGAAAGGUUUUCCAUAGGUUUCAGCUUGAAGGGGGAAUUUUACAACAUUGGGGAUCAUCAGGAACCUCCGUUCUCCGCUACAGUCUUUUCUCUGCCAGCAGAGAACGACAAAAUGGUGUACAUCGGCAUUUCUGCCUUCACCGCCAACUCAGCAGCUUUCGUGUACCACACGGCCGGAGUCCUGAGCUUGUCCAUUAAAGACGAUAUGAUCCCUAAAAGCUCCCCGAUCAGGCUCAACACCACAUCAUUUGGAGCUUUCGUCCCCCAGAUUGCCCAAAAUUUCCCGGAUUUGAUGAUGGAACUGCUGGUGAAGACGGUAAAACAUCCCAUCAUCACUAUGGAACCAGACAACGUGACUGUUGAGGCCGCCAGCACAGUGACCGCCUACGCCAUGCAACCCAACGACACAUGCUCCCCGCUAUUUAUCCUCAACCUGGAGGCCAAUGCCAGUGCCCAAGUGUUUGCCAAUGCCACGAGGCUAACUGGAGCUGUUGCCUUGAACAAAACGGAUGUGACCCUGGUGGCAAGUUACGUGGGAGACUUCCAGGUCAGCUCUCUUGACAGCAUCCUGCAAAUGGUCCUGAAAGUGGUGGUUGUGCCCACGCUGAAUGAGCACCUGGCAGAGGGAUACCCAAUGCCCAACAUUAGGAAGACGAAGCUUGCAAACACUAAGCUUCAGGUCCUCAAGGACUAUUUGCUGAUCGGGAUGGAUUUUGACUUUACACAGUAA